UUGCAGAAGGGUCCGGACUACGGAGCGAUUAUAAUUCGUACCGCUGCCGGAGUGGUUAUCUUGAUAUCCUUGUCGCUAAUUGUUUUGGUGGUCGGCAACAUGAUCUACACGUCACUAACAAAUCAAGUUCAGUUUCGAGGAAGAGUAAGUGGUGUUUUUAGUAGACACUUUUGUACACAAGUAUAG